CGGUCGUCGGCCGUGUUUGUGUGCUGGGCUUAUGCCCUGCGCGCUCACGGCCGGCGUGUGUACUGCGUGCCCCGGCCCUACCAACCAUACCCCACGCCCUGCCAUUGUUGUUGCGCUCGUGGUGGUGCUCUUACACACCCGAGCCCGAGCCAGGCCGUCGUGGAUGAAUAUUGA